AUGACAACUAUUCUCGACCCCCCGGGCAGUAACCCCACGAAUCCCUUCACCAUACCCAUCCAAGCCCUCACCGUCACCCUUUCCGCGGCGUCAGCGCCAUCACCAGAAGAAACAGCUGCCAACAUUGUCAGCUCUAUCAAUACCUCUCCAGACCCAGCUCACGCGCUUUGGCUGCUCUGGGAUGCCUUUUUUACGGCCGUGGUGACUUUUUCAAAGCCACACGAUCCUCACCUAGCUUUUCUCGACGCGCUCCGUGCGCAGCCACCAACGCAGCCUAAGAACGUACCCUCAAGAUCUGCUGCAGAACAACAGCUCCAAAGCUACCUCGGAGGCGACGGAAAGCUACACUGGCAGGAGCUGCCGCGCUUCAGCGCGCAGUGGCGUGACGUGCAUGACAUCCUUGAAGCUUGGCGCGACUGGGACGGUUACUUCCUCCGCUUCUGCGCAUUCUCGGCCGCGCUGCUGAAAGCGACUAAAGGUAAAGGCGAGGUGCAUCCUGUGUGGGUCUUCUAUGCGUGCCGCAACGUGCUGGAGAGCAAAGGGCCCCAGUCUGGGGAAAUAAGAGCGCACAGGAUGACACCGGGGCAGAAAUGGGCGCUGGAUGUCCGAGUAGCAGCGAUCUGGAUGCGGGAUGGGGGCUGGGCACUAUGGGAGGCGGACUACGAGGAGCUGCGACGGCACUGGGCUGCGGCAUUAGAUGAUAAGACAGAACUAUGGCCGCGAGAGGAUGGGCUGACGCGAGAGCGAUGGGAAUUGUGGGGGGAUAGGCUGCGCGCUUUGAGUUCAGAAAAAGAGACCUUGGACGAGGAAACUGGUGCGGUGGUUACAGAGGCUGCUGAAUUAGUUAGCAGUAUUCUGGAGAGAACCUCAACCUAA